AUGGAAUUGCGAUCGGGCCGUCGCCUCAGCUCUCUGCCGCCGCGCAAGCGCAACAAGUCGCUCAAUCGGCGUUCCAACAUCGGUGAGGAUGAGGACAUGAUCAGCACUCUUCCCGACCACCUCCUCCUCGGAAUCCUCGAACGCCUCGACCUGCAUGAGGCGCUCCGUGUGGGCGCAGCCUCGACGCGCUGGCAGCACCUCCCUCACCAGCUCUCGCACCUAGAGCUCUACGUCGACCAGUUCCACGGCGCCACGCCGGUCGAGAUGAUGGACGCAUUCACCGACGCGGCACGGAGGUUGCUGUCCAUCUAUCCUCCUGCGUGCUCCGCGUGCAGUCGUGCUAUCAAGACCCUCGGCCUCAGCUUCUACAUGUCGGACCCUCCCCAACUGAGCUCCAUCGGCCGCGUCGUCGAGGACGUCGUUAGCCGCGGCGAGACCGAAUACCUCGAGUUUCAUAUAUUCCCGCCGUCCUCGAGCGACACCACUCUGCUACUCGCCGAGUUGGGGCAGCGGUUCAUCUCCUUCUCCCAUGCCUGCCCCGUCGCCUUCCGGUGGCUCACCGUGCUAACCCUCGAGAAGCUAGCGUUUGGAGACGCCGACAUCGCCGGCCUCAUUAAAGCUUGUGAUAAGCUUGAGUACCUCACCCUGAUAUCCUGCAGACUGGUUGAUCAUCACUCCGCACUCAAGAUUGACACGCCAUGCUCCGGGCUCCAGGAACUUUGGUUCGUUGGCUUUGCUUGCAAACGUAUCGAGCUCAUCUCUGUCCCCAAGCUAAGAAAAGUGUGGUGCUGGUCUUGGCCCUGCGAGAGCCCUCCAGUGCACUUCGGCCACGUUCCCCAACUUCGUGAAGUGAGCCUCGGUUCACGUGCUGGGGUGUGGCAGGCACCAUUUGCGUUGAGCGAGUGCUUGUUGGGUGCCACGAAUCUGUCGAGAUUGUAUCUCAAUUUUGGUUGUGAAAUGAUUUGGAUUCAACCUGAACAUCCCAAGCACCUCACUACAAUAUUCAGAAACCUGACUGAUGUAUAUCUUUACUGUAUCUUUCCUGAGUGUGAUCUGAACUGGACCAUGUUUAUCGUCCAAGCUGCACCUGCCCUACUAAAUUUUACAUUGUAUCGAAAUCAACAUCCAUGUGUCAAAACGUCUGAGCAUAGUGCCCAGAAGACCAACAUGUUGUGGGAACCAUCCAAGGAUUGGAAGCACCCGAACUUGAAGUUACUGGUGAUGGCAGGGUUCGAGGAGGAAGACAAGGUGACAAACUAUCUAAGGCUUUUCAUAGAACGAGCCGUGGGUUUGAAGAGAAUCGAGCUGCGUGGUAAACACCCCUGUGAUAAGUGCAAUGCCAUGGACCUUGAACUUGAGUCCACAAGAUCCCUUGUUGACAAAGCUAGCAGGUAUCGGAUUAAGGAGCGACUCACACAUGAAUCCUCCUUGUCUGUCAAAAUAACAAUAUGUUGAUUGUCAAGGAAUUAUAAAAACUCUUAAAAUAAGUGCGCAUGGCUGCUACUAGAGCGAUGAUUGCGCCUAGUCAGUUGUAACUUCCUGUUAGUUUUUG